CGUUCCUUCACUCUUGCUUCUCCUCUCCCACCCAACCAAUCUCUGCACGUACGCUCCUUCGCCUUCUCCUCCGCAGGCGCAAUCGGAGGGAACGCCUUUGUGCCGCCCAGGACCAACUCGCCAGUCGCUCUUUUUCCUUCAUCCGUACCAUUUUCCGUCGCACAAUGGCCUUUUUCGCUUCGAACGCUGCCAUCGACUCUACUGCAUAACGUAACUAAUAUUUCGAGAAAAAACACGAAAAGCCAUUGCAACUGUUCCUGCGUCCGGCCGUCUGACGCUCGUGUCUGAGGACGUCCUGACGACGAAUGGCUUCUUGCAUAUCACUGCGCGGCUCGACCGCCUGUCCAGCCUUUAAUGCUUCCUCCGUAUCGACCGACGACACGCUUCGAGGCCUGUUUCCGUUUCUGAAAUACGUCGACGACACCGCUUCCUUCGACGAACAGCUCAAGUCGUACAUCGCCACCACAUAUGCGCAGCUAAAAUACCAGACCCUGCUCGGCUGCUCCAACGUCUCCCUCACAAACACGACCGAUUUGUACGCGCGAUACACGACCACCUUCCUCUGCAAUGCCGUCGUCCAGAAUUCCGUCAACCCGUGCAAGCUCACUGGAGCCGCAGCUCGACCGGUUUGCGCCGAAACAUGCGCCGAGUUCGCCACGAGCGAAGAGCAGAUCGCAUCCACCAAGGACCUGUGCGGCACCACCGGUGACAACGCCAUCAGCCAGAUCCGCGCCGACUUCACGACGUGCGCUCUACCGGACAACUCGCUGAACAGCGACCAAUGCAUCCAGGGCGUCACCAACGAACCGGACAACUGCGGCUUCGCCGACAACCUACCGAGCCUAUGUUCAUACUGCGCAUCGAGCUCGCCCAACUCUACCGACUCGUGCUGCGUCAACGCGCAAACGGAGACGCGAUGCACGAACGUCAAACUGCCCAUCACUGCUUCCAUGGGCGCCAUCACCUCGUCCGUGGCCAGUGCGACCGCAUCGAGCAGCGCGGGAGCUGCUGCAGGUAGCUCCCAUGGCUCGGGACUAAGCGGCGGUGCCAUCGCCGGCAUUGUGAUCGGAUCCAUCGUCGGCGCCUUGCUUCUUCUAGCCCUCAUAAUUGGAUGCUGCAUCCUCAUCCGGCGGCGAAGGAACAGCAAGAUAGGCAGCACACUGAAUCAACCGUCACCGUCACGACACGGACCCCCUGCAACAUCCAUGACCUACGCGAGCCCGCGAACGCAUCAAGACAACCUGCCCGUCGGAGCCCGUGUGCACCAGCUCAGUGCUCUCGAGGCUACCGAUGCGAGCCCCCUCGCUGCUGCAGGCAUGGGCAAGGGAGCGUACGACAUCACCCCCGAGUCGCAGAGAACCGGUCUGGGCGUUGCCGCAAUAAGUAAACGCGGCGGCUCACUUUCUGCAGACGGAAGCUCUCCCAACACGGGAGACUUUUCCAGCCCGGAAGGCGCCGUUAGCGGCGACUCGGAGGCUUUGUCACAUUUCAAAGAUUACUACUCUCAAGAUGAUAUACGCUCUGGCGACGCUGUCGCAACGUUGUGGGCAUACCAGCCGCGGGCGCAGGACGAGUGGGAGCUGGAAAGAGGAGACAUGAUCAAGGUCAUCGGCAUCUGGGACGACGGCUGGGCGACGGGUAUCAAGCUCAACGAACGGGCGGAGGACUGGUCGGCGAGAAACGAGAACAGAGACAGCGGUGUGAGCAACGGAUCAAGGGCCCCGCCCACGGACGACAACGGCGAAACCGAGAUCAAGGCGUUCCCCUUGGUGUGCGUGUGCCUUCCGCAGCACUGGAGGAAAAUCGUGGACAGCGACGGUCCUGGUGGGGGCAUGGGCGGCCCGCCCUCAGGUACUCCCUGAGCGCGCCUCGCGGUGGCGUCCUGGCCGUCAUUCAGCUGAUUGAGCCAACGCAAGUCACCGUCCCUCUCCAUCGUUUCCACGAAGUUUUCUGCACAUACUGCAUGUUGCGGGGGAGGUUUCCACUUGUCUUUUGUGAGCGCGUGUGUGUGCAGCGAAGCGAGCUCGCACGCGCUCACGCUCGUACAUGGCCUCCUUCCCCCCUGAAUCUCUGGAUACCCAACAAAGCAAAGUUGUAAUGUCGGCCCACGAACGACGGCGUUUGAUUCUUCGCGUUUUUGAUUUCACUUCUUAUUAAACGGAGUACAUUUAACAACUGCCAUUUGAGGAGAGUAUGAAUGGAGAGAAAGUGAGCGGGAAAGAACGUAGCAAGGGGGAGCUGGGAGAGCGAGAGAGAGAAACAGUGAGAGACGGGAGCGCGCGAAGCGGCACUUCUAGGUUUUAACACCGCAUACUCUUAACACACCAAGCCACAAUCCACUACUCUUCUAGCCUUUAUUUGUAGAUAGCUUACGAUACCAUUGCCCAGACGUAAUAACAGUACCUUGUGGAUACCA